AUGUUAGUGCUUAUACAAUCUUCUAACUGUUUAUCAAAUGCUGACUACAUACGUAUAGCCACCGAAGAUGUGGGGAUAAAGAGGCGACUAUCAGCCUUCCGCUUCGAAGAAACGCAGCGCUGGAGGGCCUACAAAGAGCUCACAGAGCAGGUCGCGGAACACAUUGUGGUUCCAUCGGGCUCUUGGCAGGCAAAAAUAGCCCACCAUCUACAUGUGCCGUCCUUUACUUCCCUCAAGAUCGCGAACGGGGAAGUAGGCGAUAUCACCAGUCCCUGCACUGCGAUUGUACUUGAAAAUAAGUUCGAUCCUAGGACACAUUUCAUUUUCGAUCACUUCCACCGAAGGACACCAUUGCCCUUCAAGCCGUUCUCGCUCUACCCAGAUGAUAUCCGGAGGUUGCAUCAGGACCUAACGGACUGGAUCAGAGAGACAAUCCACGCCAAAGUUGAAAUUCUAUACGGCGCAGACGUCCGCAGAUGGGCUUUGAAAACCCUGAACCUCUCAAAUAUUCGCUUGUGGGGUGACUAUGAGAACGUUUGGCUCUUCUUCGAAUGGGGAAAUUCAAAUCGAAAGGAGCUCUCCAAGAUCUUGCUUUUCGCCCUACACCCACAGAGGUUUCUUAGCCUCAAUAUGAAAUCUAACCCAGAAGCUGUCCGACAAGAUCAGGUUAUCAGUUGUGCCUACAAGCUCGCGGGACUUCCCUUCAAUGACAAAUAUUACUCUCUGAUGCCGUGGAUUUCAAAGGCAGAUUUUCUUAGCAAGGCAUCCAUAAGUCGGUUAGGCGAGUCUGAGAGACAUCAGUCAAACCAACUCUUCUCCCUCCUGAAAACCUCGAAAGCCCAAACACCAGCCACAAGCAACAUAGGAGAAACAACAGCGUCUUCUUCCGAAGAGCAAGAGAGGCUCUCAGGCACUGAGACGACAGGGGAUUCUCCAACCAGCUCUGCGAUGUCCGUGAAAAGACUCUAUGAAAUCUUAAUGGAGGUCUUAUCUUCGCAGAAGGGGACACAAAAGGGCAAAAGAAACUUCCAACAGAAAUACAGACAGAUAAUCAUCGACGAGUCUCAGUUCCUACCUUCUUUGCCACCUCUCAUCCGUGAGUGGAUCGAAAAGCAGCAGAAGCACUUCUUCGGAUGCACUAUUCAGAAGCCCGCCGACCUCAUCCCCGCCUACGCAAGGCACUGCACAAAUGGAACCUCCAACGACCUAGUCGUUAUAGAGACCGUUGAAAUUAUUCGAGCGUUAAUGAACUUUCAGCAACGACUACUCAAUUCCGGCGUCAAAAAGUUUCAUUCAAAUCCUCAACUGAGCCAGCAAUUCCCAACGUUUGAAAUGAUCCCACGGGCUUGCGAUACCUGCCAGACUCCCAUGGACCCUGACCCCCUUCCGUUGUUUUCUUUGACGCAUGACGGCAAAUAUUUGGCGCGUGCACUGAGGUGUUCCUCUGAGAUAUGUCAAGGAUUAAUGCGACAUGGGCUUCCCUUGAAUGGUCUGCCUUACCUCCUGGCCGGCUGUGCACCAGAAUCGAGCAAGGACUGGCAAAAGGGUCUCAGAGAGGCCGGAGACUGCGGACAUCUUGCUUCAAGUGUCGAGUUAUGGUGCGGCUUUUGUCAAGGAAAGACCGUGGUGGGGGCUCCCGGUAUUGAAAGCGGACAAAACACUGCCAUUGAUGCAAACCCUCGAUGGACUCUGGGGUUCCGAGCGAAAUACGUCCCACGUGGCUUCCCCUGUGCGACUUGUGGCGUCAGCAGUCAGAAAUUUGUGCCAGUUGAUCAUCAAAUCCCAUUUAUCAACAAGCAGACUCUCGAUCGCCUCGUCAAACGAUUUUCAUACAUGGAUACCGAGGCGUUGACUGAGAUCUUAGAUGCUCAGAACUCAGCGUCACAUUUCCCUAGGAAGCCGAAACGCAGUCGAGAAGAGGGAACAUAUGACAAGGAAGAUGGCCGUUGCUCUGCUAAAAGCAAAUUCUCUCGUCAGCUGAAAGUGGGUGACCUGAAAGUGGAGGACUAUACAAAGCCUCAGGUUGUUGACCUCAAGUGCGAGAAGUGUGCACAUCCUUGUGGCCAGAAUGUCAAUCCCAAGUGGCAUGCCAAAACAGGCGAAUACAUCGCUCUUAGGAGAAUCAACUGCCCGGAAUGGUGCACAGUUGGCCGUGUUUGGCUUAUUCCUCAGGAUGAAAACAUUCCCUGGAUGAGGGCGACAAAGUUAGAAGCGCAAUUGCGGCGAGAGGCGAAACAAAUGGCUGAGUCCGCUGAGUCCGUCCCAGAACUUGAGAUUUUGGAAGACUAA